AUGGCUGCGCUCAUACACUGUGCGGUGGCGUUGUUGUCCCUGGAGGACCGCCGUUGGUUUUUGGGAUGGUCGGCUCAGGGGUUAGAUAUUCCUCGGAAUAAGUGUAUCCCGGCGGGGGCAGAGAUUCCUCGGGGAGUCUCCUGUUUGCUAGAAAAGAGGUGGAACAAACAGGAAUGUCACCCUGACCCUGACCCUGUCCCUGACCCUGAACCUGUCCCUGACCCUGAACCUGAAAGGCCACGACGGAGAUCGGUAACAUUUAGUGAAUACCUUCCAACUAGAAGGUCAGUUAUGGAGUCAGUUAUGGAGUCCGAGGGAAGAUACAAUGAGGGUAAUGGAACUGACACUGAAUCAGAAGAUUCACUAAAUAAAUAUUAUGUACGAGACGAUGGUGAUCAUCUUAUGGAACAAGUGGAGACAGAGUCGGAGAGUUCCGAAGAAGAGGUUGAAUCGGUUGAAUCUAGUGAGGAAACUGAAUCCAAAGAAAACGUGUCACAAAAUUUUAAAGAAGAAUCUGCAACUGAACUGCAAAAUAGGCAACAGUAUAAACACAGCCAAAAAGCCAAACAACAGACACUACACGUUUCUAUGGAACAACCCAAUAUUGGACUGCCAGAUAAGCAACAGUAUAGUUGCCCACAAGAACCAAACAUUGCACUGCCAGAUAAGCAACAGUAUAGUUAUGCACAAGGACCUAAUAUUGGACUGCAAUAUAAGGAGGUAUAUAAUUACAAGCAAGAGCCCAAUAUUAGACUAUACGCUUGCAGCCAAGAAUCUGAUAGAAGUAGCCAAGAUAAGGUGUUAUACAAUAAUAGACAAAAAAACAAUAUUAGACUGAAAAAUGCAUAUGCAUAUAAGACCUUGCAAAGGAACUACAAAGAGCCCUACAUUGCGAUCAAUGGCAAGAUAUACAGGUGCUGGGAGGAAGUUGACACCGAGCCACAAGAGAUGAAAUUGUGUCGUUAUGAAGAGAUAAAUGAAAUUGCACCCAAAUCUAAAGGCCGAAAAUCUUUAAAGAAAUUUAAAUCAUGCUUCAUGAAACCUUGUGUGCUGGACUAA